GUCACCGCGCAACCCGCGUGUCAUAGAGGUGUGCAACUUUAGUGCGUUAUGUUUCUUCGUAAAUAAAACCUGUUUGUGUACAUUAUUUGAAAUAUUAAAACAUUUCAGAUUUCAAAUAAAAGUGGUUCAUAAGUGAUAUAUUAUUUGUGUCGUUGGGUGAGAAACAGUGACGAGUUUUUCUUGUGUACGGUCCUUGAGUUGGAGGCUCUAUAAUCGACUUUCUGUCUUCUUAUUCGUUCGACGGCGAUUAACCAAGAUAAACGAGUUUAAAGAAAUAUCACUUGAAGACGAGAUAUAUUGAAUCCACGGCGCCUGAGGCGGUCAUGAUGGCGCCUAGCGUGUUUCAGAGGACCAAGUCACCACGAUCCUCGCCGGGAAACAUGCCUAGAAAAUUACAGAACGGCACAGAAUCCGUUAGCCAAACAGUCGCCACGGCAGACUCCAGUCCCGGUAACUCCAUAUCUGAUGCUGAAAACUUCGAGUGUUAUGGUGAAGCUGACGGAGACGCGCCAGCGGCAAACACAUUAGAAAAUGGCUCCAGGAGUCCAGGAAAUCAUUUAAAUCGACAUUCCUGGACGAGAACCAGUCUUAGGCGGACACCACCCAGCCACCAAGAAAACCUACCGCAUCGACGAUGGGGCUCCAUGCGACACUCGGGGAAACGACAAAUCGGCUCCAAUGUUUUAGCUAGCCAAUUGUACCGGUCGUCGUCCUUCAACUCGUCCGGGUGCGGGUCGGGAGGGGAGCCAGCUGACGACAUGUACUCUGAUGUCUCACUAGAGGAGGAUGUACAAGGUCUCAACUACAAGGUCCAGCUCUUACAACAACAAGUGACCACACUCGCAGACACGCAAAGCACGGCGGAUGAGAGGUACGCACGCGCAAAAGCCGACAACGCUGUGUUGCAAGCGCGUGUACACAUGUUGGACGAACAGAUACGAGAGAUCGAGUGUAGAUGUGAGGAGCGUAUAGCGGAGGAACAGAAGCGAUGCCGGGACGCGAUCUCGCGCGUCGAGCGCGACCGGGACGCGCAACUCGCAGCGCUGAACGACCGUCUCGCCGCUGCAGAGUCCGAGGCAUCGCAUCUUAAGCAAGAGGUCGGCAGAUUACGGGGCGUCGCGGAAACGUUGCGCGCAAACGCCGACUCGGGGACGCGGAGCGCUCGCGAGGCGCAGGAGGCGGCGGGCGAGCUGGCGGCGCAGCUGAGCGCGGCGCGGGACGCGGAGCGGCGCGAGCGCGAGGCGGCGGACGCGGCGCGCGCGCAGCUCGCCGCCGCCGGCCAGGAGCUGCGAGCGUUGCGCGCCGCGCCGCCGCCGCCGCCCGACCCGCGCCUGCACGAGCUGCGCCAGGAGCUGCUGUUGCUGCGCACGCAGAACAAAUCUCUGACGGAGGCGCAGGAGGAACUACAAGCGCAAAUCCUAACUCGCGGGGUAGAGGAGGGCCGCAGUUUGCUGGACGGAGUGAGCGGGCCGCUGGUCGCCACUAACUCCCUCGCACAUGAACUAUCGCAAAUGAGCGAUCAUGAGCUCGUUGGUAGCACACACACAGAUCACAGCAUAGAGUUGGAAAAGUUGCAAAAAGCCUUGAAGGAACAACAAGAUGUAAACGUCCAACUAAGAAACUACAUCGAUGGAAUUCUACUGUCAAUUGUAGAAAACUACCCUCAGUUAUUGGAAGUAAAAUAUCAGAAACCUGAUGUUAAAUCAUAACGCCUAAUUAAAUUUCAUAAUUUCUCCGUAGAGCUCUUUCGUUUAAUAAUUAAGAAAAUAACGUUUUGAUAACAAGCUUUGCAGUUUUUAAAACUUCAUACACUGAGCUCUAGACUUAGCUUUAUUACUUAAGAAAAUUAAUCUACUUAAAUGUCCUUUGUACCGUUGUGUUGCCAUUUCAAAAAUCUUUUCAGACCAGUUCAUUAAUAAUAAUUUAUAAUAAGAAAAAUGCAAUAAAAUAAUAUAAAUACAUUUUAUAAUUUUUUUUUUAAAUUAAUUAUUAAAUAAAUUAUUUUUUGGUAAUUUGCAAUCAGACAUUUAGAGCUGUGAUAAAAUUAUUAAAAAUAAAAAAAAGGUUUUUUAAUUAGUAUAUUUUAUCAUCAGAUUAAUUAUAUUUAUAUAAAAACAUAAUUUUGUAUUUAGUAAUACAAAUGUAUCUUAUCUAUGUUUUUAUUAUACUUAAAUAAAAUAUUCUAGCAAUAUAAUUUGUGUAUGGCCUAAUAUAGAAUGAUAUUAUACGUAUAAUAUAAGAUUGUUAACAAUUAUUAAUAUUAAUGAAAAUAAUCCAAUGUAAAUAGUGUAAAGAUAGAUUACAUUAUAGAUAAAUAUUGUUCCUCAUUACGAGAAUUUGCGUUUAGUCCAGCGAUAUUGAUAAAAAUAGGUUUUUUUUUUUUAAUUGUAAGUCUAGUUUGAGGGUAGUUAUAUUAUACGAGGCCAGGCCGUCCAUAUUGUUAAUGUACUACCUAAAAUCAAUUUGCAAAGACUGGAUGUAGGUAUUACUUAUAAAAAAAACUCCACUAUUAUUGUAAUAAAAACAAUUUUAAUUUUUUUCCUCAAAACUCGGCGUUAGUCGCAAAUGUUUUUUUUUAUCCGUUAUAAGUCGUUUUAUUUCAAUGUUGGUAGGAAGUUUCGGUGCAAGAAACGUAAUCAAUAUUAUAAUAAACGAAUGUACGAAUAAAGCCAUUUAAAUGUAUGUUCUUCUUAAUAUGGAUGUUUCUUACAUACCAUAGUACCUUCUAUAGUUAAAAUUGUACCUAUUUUUACAAUGAGAUAUUUAUAUAUAAGAAUAAAUUAGAACUUUUGUGUACAUUUUGAUAACACGAUUAAUAUGAAGAAAAAAAUAGAAAGUAAUAUUGUUAUAAUCGUCAAAGUAAAUAAAAUGAAACAAUUCUAAUAUAUAA